AUGCGUAUCCUUUUUGAUCAUGUCCCUCUGCAGUUAUCUGUGCGACAAGCCUUUUUGCACCCAAACUUUAUUACUAGUUUUCCAAUGAGAGUUUCUUCACUAGUUGCAAUUGUAUUGGCCAUUGCGCCCAUAUCAGCUCUCCCCUCUGUUCCCACAACAGAAAAUCCGACUGGAGUUUUUGCCGUUGCAGAAUUUCCUCACAGUGGCCCCAACGCUGAAACUAAAGGUUAUGUGAUUAUGACCAGCACCAAUGGAGUCAGUGCCAAUGUGCAUGUGGAUUUGGUAGAUUUACCUCAAGAAGGAGGACCGUUCACAUACCAUAUCCAUGAAUUUGCUGUGGGUUCAGAUAAUACUUGCGAUACUACAGGUCCUGUUUUCAAUCCUUACUCAUCUCUGGACGAAUGCCCUGAAGAAGAUCAGAAUGAGUGUGCUGUGGGAAAUUUGGCAGGCAAGCAUGGAGCUUUAGAAGGCACGUGUUUUGAAACUGAUUUUGUUGACCCGUUCCUUUCUUUGAAUCCGACUUCCAGAAACUAUGUUGUGGGUAGAGCUCUUGUGAUUCACUAUGCAGAUGGACUGCCUUUGGCAUGUGCCACCAUUCUGGUUGCAGGUGAAGACCAGUUGGCUCGGAUCAGAAAAUACACAAUUGAGAAAAUCAACAGAGAGGACGAAGAAGAGGCCCGUUCCAGUGAUCUGACUGGUGAGAAAAACCUGGAACCAGAACCGUCAAAAACGAACAUCGAAAAAUUUCAAUCAGUAAAGAAAACGAAUGAGCCCAAAACGACUGAACUGACGAAAGCAAAGCUUGAAAUCAAAACGGAGACCACCACGCAAACAACAACUGAAACUACCACUGAAACUACCAUUGAGAGUGCCAAAACUGAAACCAUCACUGAAACCAACACAGAAACUGCAACGGAAACAACAACUGAAGUACAAGUGUCCGAAACCAAGAUGGUGGUGACUGAAAAAGUGACAAAAACUGAGAAAGUGACAGAAACUGAAACAGCCAGCAUUAUAGAAUCGAAGACAAACAGUGCAAGUACCAUGACAAUACAUACUACGUCUUCAACAAAGGAAGUUGUUGAGAGUACGACUGAAAAGCAGACAGAGAUCGUCACGAAACCAACAGAAAAAGCUUCAUUCCAAGAGCCUAAAACAUGGCCACAAAGCUCAGAAGUUGAGCAGUUUCCUGAAACCGGGGCAGAGUCCACUUCUACUUUAGUUUACCCCACAAAGUGGGAAGAGCAAAAGCAAAAGCCAACGCCGGAUAUAACUUCACACUUCAAAGCAGCACCUACGUCAGAAAAGAUUGCGUCUUCAGUUUUGGAAACCGUGUCUAAACCUAGGAAAGAGGAGAAUAAUCCAGCACUAGCUGAGCCUACGCCGGAAAAAGUCACAUCGACUGAGAUAAGCACAGUGGCUUCUCCCAAAUCAAAGACUACCGAACCCAAAUCUAAGGAAGCACUCGAAACUGCUCACAGCAAGAAUUCGCAUUUUCACAAUGUACUGGAAAAUGUCAACUCCACAUGGUCGCAAACUUGGGGAAAUGGGUCCUACAAUAGCCCACACCAAGCACCCGGAUCCGGAGGAAAUGCUCUUGGAGCAAGCAUCGCCGUUGCUGUUGGAGCAAUGUUCGGGUACUUUGUUUUGAACGGCCCACUACUGUACUGGCGAGUGUGUAGCCCUUGCGUAUAG